UCUUGCAACAAAAACAAACAGGAGACAAGAUUUUGGCAAUUUGUGCAGUAAAUCUGCAAUAUCAAAGUGAUGAAUGAUUUACAGGAGUCGAAAUCACUUUUAGAUAAUUUUUGUAUUAGUUUGUCGAAUGAACAAUUAAUGUCACUCAGUGAGUCUACCGAAUCCGAUGCUAAAUUAAAAGUCCUGUCUGGAUGGAUGUCUGCGUUUGAUUCCUGUGCAAGUUCUUUUGGAGUAUUGAAAAAGGAAACUUGGAGGAGCUGUGUGUUCAACUUUCUGGUGAGAAUGAAAUCCUGCUUAACAGUUGACCAGAAUAGAUAUGUAAUAUAUACAGCCAGAAAAGUGAUCACAUCUCUUAUCAAGGUGUACAAGUCUGAGGAUGGAAUUACAUUACUGCAGAAUAUUCUUAAUUGGGAUGACCAUUUAGAAUUGAUAUGUACUGGACUACAAAUAUGUAAGGAAUUAUUCUCAAGAAAAAAUUUGGAUCAUGAGUUUAUGGUUUCGCAACUAGGGAGUUCUGUUACCAAAGCUUGGCAAAUACUGUCUAAAGAGAGUAGAACCAGUGUGACUUAUAAUCAGUGCCUGUUGGAAUAUUUUUCUGUAUGUAUCAAACUUGCUAAAAUUGUUUGGUCUAAUGCUGAGGCUGGAGAAUCUGUGAUCAUUUUACAACAGAUACUGAACCAUGGUGAAAAUCUUAACAAAAUUUUAUUUGACAGUUCUAUUAAGCAAUAUGUGAAAAAGAAAUUAAAAUUCUUCUUGUGUUUUAUUCUUAGACCGUGUAAUUUGUCAGAUAUUAAAGUGUUACAUUCCGAAAUUUUCGGAGUUUCAGUUUCUAUAUUUAACAGACUUUGGUCAAGUGAUAUUAUAAGUAUCUUGAGAAGGAAUGGAAAGACCACAUUUAUAGGGAAUUCUUCAAGUGAUUUAGGUGUAUCAGAUGACAGUUUAUCCUAUGAUACUAUCCACAUGAGAGGCUGGACCUUCCUGUGUCUUUGUAUAUCCUCCUGUUUGGUUUUGCAGCAAGAUUACAGAGACAAAGCAGUGGUAUUUCUAUUGAGGUUGGAUGAUUGUGCGAAGGAGUUAUUAGACAAACAGACAUCGUCACUGUUUCUAUGGUUACCAGAUAUAUUUGGAGACCAAGAUGAUAUGUGGAUUGACGCUAUGAUACUGUUAAUGGAAAUAUUUCCCCUAAGGAAAGAACAACUUAUAAAAGAAAGUAUGCUCAGAGAGGAUGUGUGGAGCCAGCAUCACUUGCACUUCCUGCAGUUUGUGGAAAUGUUGGGAUAUGAUCAUCUUGUGCUUAUUGACCUUUUAACAUCACCUGAAACCAACUGUUUGAUGUACCUGCUAAAAUACUUCAAGUAUUUACUUGCAACCUGGGAAUAUUUUAAAACUAUAGCCAGCAAAUAUUUGAAACAAAAUCUUGUACUUGGUGACUGUACAGAUGUUGCAACAGCUGAUAAAGAUACUGUAACUGAUAGGACAAAAGACAUACAAGUUAGUGAUAAAGAUUCCUCUCAAAAAAGCAGUUUAAAUGAGAAGUCAGAUGUAAUACAAGAAAAUAUUACCAGUGCUAAAUCUUGUGAAAGUGAAUACCAAAAUGUAACAGUUACAAAUGGGAUGUCAUGCAGUCGUUUAGGUAAAGGGAAUUUAGUCAGCGAUAAUGUCUACAGAAAGCAAUUACUGGCUUCUUCAAGUUUAAUGUUGAUAUCUGAUGCAUAUGAUGAGGAUGAUGAUGACAAUGAUUAUGAAACUGUUGAAGAAGGAGGAUUGAAGAUGGAGAUGAAUACAGUUAUUGGCAAUGAAAUUAAUGCAGAUAACAUAAAACCAUAUUCUGGCAAAAGUAAACCAGUUAUUGAAUCAGACCUAGGAAAAAGAGCAUUAAUUGAACAGGAUAUAGAUAUUUCUUGUGAAGAGAAUGAUAACAUUUCUGAUAAUACCAAAAGGAGCAGAGAGUAUAACACAGGGUCUUCAGAAAACAAUGAUAAAAUCCUGUGUCAUUUUAAGGAAAGACAUACAAUUGAUGAUAAAAAAGUAGGAGAUCUAGACAUGGAUGCAGCCGAUAGUGUUGCAGGUGAAAGUGUACUUGACACAGUUAUGGGUAUGCUGAUAAGGACAAGGAUGAAACUGGAAAAAUUGACAGACUCUCACCUGAUGAAGUAUAACCCAACAGUUUUGAUUAAUUUGAUUGCUUCUGUGGAGGAAUUGUAUGAAGAGGACUGAGAAGAAUAUCUACAAAGCUGUAGUGGCAUCUGUUGAUCCAGCUUUAUCGUUUUCUGCAGUUCUUGAUGACGCAUUAUAUAACAUUGUUAUUGGACAAACCAUUCUUUUCAAUAAAGUGUUCCUAAAUGACGGAAGUGCAUACAACGAAAACACUGGGGUUUUUACUGUACCAGUGGAUGGCGUUUACCUGUUUUCAUACUUCGUCGCGGAAAUAAAUAACGAUCAAAUUGUA